AUCAUGGAGGAACUAGCCAGGGAUUGAACUAGCAGCGCUAUUAUGGCCAAAUACAAUAAGUAAUCGUACACAAUUAACGAUUCUGCUCUUUUGGUAAAUAUUUUUCACCAUCAUAAAAGCUGAUUUCUAGUCGUCGAACAUAAGCAAUCCUUUAAUAAGCCGAAAUGCCUUAUUAAAGCCGUUUACUUUAUACAAAUAAUUCGCUAGCUACCUUUAGCUGACGGUACCGUAUGCAAGAUCCAUAUAUUUCUUUUAGAUGACAGUAUCUAUAAACAAAGAAUUUAGUCCCUUAGUGUUGUAGAUAAAGAUUUAAUGUAGUUAAAAUUUAUUUGAAUUAAACAUGUUUUCGGAUGAAACGCUAGACCUAAUUGGUGCUGAAUCAACAUGGAGAAAAUCUCAUCACCAAACACAAGAAUCUAGAAGCUGUCAAACUGUUCCAGUUCACACAAAAGAGGCUGAAAUACAAGUCAAAAAUAUUUUAAACAACACUACCCAGACAGAUGCACAAGACCAGACGAGCCAAACCCUGUCUUUAGAUCAAGAUCUAUCUGGUUUUCCAGGUUUACUGGACUUCUUGUGUAGAGUUGAGGAUGUGGUGAUCAGAGAGCUUGUGAAAAACUCCAAAAGUCAUGCUUUUGAUGGCUUUGAAGUAAACUGGGAGGAUCAGAAUGAGACCGUGUCAUGCUUGUACCGUCUUCAGCAUCCUGAUGCUCAGGAGAGGAGUCUGCAGGUUACCAGUGUGUCCUGGAACUGCACUGGCUCAGUCAUAGCUUGUGGAUUUGGCCGAGUGGAUGAUGGUGAUUGGAGCAAUGAGAAGUCUUACGUCUGCACAUGGAACCUGGACCGCCGGAAUGUGAACCCAAAACGGCCUAAUGUGAUCAUAGAUGUUACCACACCCAUCAUGUGUCUGUGCUUCCAUCCCAUGCGGCCAUCUGUAGUUGCUGGAGGGCUGUACAGUGGCGAGGUGGUGGUCUGGGACAACAGUCGCGUGCAGGACCCCAUUUUGGCUCAGACUGGAAUGUCAGCAGACACUCACCGUGAACCAGUUUAUCAGGUAAACUGGAUUCCAGGGGCCCGCAGAGGGGAGUUUACUUUGUUGAGCGCAGGCUCAGGAGGGAGAGUUCUGUUGUGGACUGUUGAUGGAGCCGAAGCCAAACUCAUAUUAAAUUCUGGAUUUGCUCUUGUGAGACAACAAUUGCCACAAAGUGGAGCAUCAAGCAAGACCAGAGGUAGCACCACUAUAGGUGUAACCUCACUUGCACUUUCCCCAUGGGAUGUUGACACAUUUUUGGUGGGCUCGGAAGGGGGUCUGGUGCUCAAAUGCUCCUUUAGCAGCGAGACGGUGGCAGCAGUGCCCUCUGAUGGUGAGAGUGUGACAUUACGUGCCCCAGCGCAAUUCUCUUUCUCGCCACGAGGGGGCCCUAUACACUCAGUCCACUUCUCACCCUUUCAUAGGAACCUGUUUGUUAGUGUUGGGACAGAUGGCUUGGCACACCUCCACAGUGUACUGCAGCCUCGUCCCCUGUUGUCUCUUCGGGUCUCUGAAUCAUAUGCUUUUGGUGUGAGAUGGUCACCAACGCGCCCUCUGGUCUUUGCUACUGUCACAGGACAAGGUUUGGUGCAAAUGUUUGAUUUGGGUCGAAGGUCGUUAAGGCCAGCUGCCACAAUUGAUCAGAACACUGGAGGUCAGCCAUCUUACUGCCUGGAGUUCAACCAUAAACAUACAGAUCUGUUGGCAGUGGGCAAUGCAGAUGGCACAGUCAACAUCUGGGAGCUUAGUGCGGAGUUAACAGAACAACGUGCCAAGGAGACGACAAUGCUGGAACAGCUUGCCAAUGAAGUGGCUGACUGAAACUCAAGUUUUCAAGAAUGAACUGUUGCACUCC